AUGAUACUGGAGGAGCACCUCACGGCCAGUCACGUGGUCCACUUGAGCGGCGGGUGGAGGGGCGAACCCCUCUGGACGGCGGUCUUCGACUACGAGGCGGCGGGCGAGGAGGAGCUGACGCUGCGGCGGGGCGACCGGGUGGAGGUGCUGUCGCGGGACGCGCGGGUCUCGGGCGACGAGGGCUGGUGGACGGGCCGGCUGGGGGGCCGCGUGGGCGUCUUCCCCAGCAACUACGUGGCCGGCCCGGCCCCGGCGGCGCCCCCGCCCGAGGUGCCCUUCGCCGAGCUGCGCCUGGACGAGCUGGUGGGCGCGGGGGGCUUCGGCAAGGUCUACCGGGGGCUCUGGCGCGGGCGGGAGGUGGCCGUCAAGGCGGCCCGCCACGACCCCGAGGAGGACGCCGCCGUCGCGGCCCGCAACGUCCGCCGGGAGGCCCGCCUCUUCGGCAUGCUGCGCCACCCCAACAUCAUCGCCCUCCGCGCCGUCUGCCUCCGCCCGCCCCGCCUCUGCCUCGUCAUGGAGUACGCCCGCGGGGGGGCCCUCAGCCGCGCCCUGGCCGGCAGGAGGGUGCCCCCCCACGUCCUGGUCAACUGGGCCGUCCAGGUCGCCCGCGGCAUGCACUACCUCCACGACCAGGCCCCCGUGCCCAUCAUCCACCGGGACCUCAAGUCCACCAACGUCCUGAUCCUGGAGCCCAUCGAAAACGACGACCUGAGCGGGAAGACCCUCAAAAUCACCGACUUUGGGCUGGCGCGCGAGUGGCACAAAACCACGAAGAUGAGCGCGGCGGGCACCUAUGCCUGGAUGGCGCCAGAGGUCAUCAAGCUCUCCCUCUUCUCCAAGAGCAGCGACGUCUGGAGCUUUGGGGUGCUGCUCUGGGAACUGCUGACCGGCGAGGUCCCGUACCGUGAGAUCGAUGCCCUCGCCGUGGCCUACGGCGUGGCCAUGAGCAAGCUGACGCUGCCCAUCCCCUCCACCUGCCCCGAGCCCUUUGCCCGCCUGCUGGAGGAGUGCUGGAGGCCGGACCCCCACGCGCGCCCGGACUUCGGCUCCAUCCUGCAGCAGCUGGUGGCCAUCGAGGAGUCGGCGAUGUUCCAGAUGCCCCUGGAGUCCUUCCACUCCUUGCAGCAGGACUGGAAGGUGGAGAUUGCGGGCAUGUUCCAAGAGCUGCGCACCAAGGAGAAGGAGCUGCGGAGAGGAGAGGAGGAGUUGCUGCGGGCGGCCCACGAGCAGAAGACGCAGGAGGCGGAGCUCCGCCGGCGGGAGCAGGAGCUGGCGGAGCGGGAGAUUGACAUUGUGGAGCGGGAGCUGAACCUCAUCAUGGCCCAGAUGGGGCAGGAGGAGAAGCCCCGGGUGAAGAAGCGCAGGGGGCACUUCCGCGGCUCCCGCCUCAAGCUGCGGGACGGGAACCGCAUCAGCCUCCCCUCGGGGUUUGAACACAAGAUCACGGUGCAGGCCUCGCCCACGCUGGACCGGCGGAAAGGUCUGGGGGCCGAUGGCGCCAGCCCCCCAGGGAGCCCCGUCAUCAUACCCCGCCUGCGCGCCAUCCGCUUGACUCCCCUGGACGGAAGCCAGACGUGGGGGCGCAGCACCCUGGCCAAGCAGGAGGAGCUGGUGGGGGCCAAGAAGAAAGGGCGGACGUGGGGGCCCAGCUCCACCCUCCACAAGGAGAGGCUCGGCGGGGAGGAGAGGCUGAAGUCCCUGGCGGAAGGGAGCAAGCAGUGGUCCUCCAGCGCGCCCAACCUGGGCAAGUCUGCCAAGCACGCCCCCCUGGCAGUGGGCUUUGCCAGCUUAACGGAGAUGGAGGAGUAUGUGGAGAACAGUUCCCCUCAUUCCCCGCACCUGCCCCUCUCUCCAGGGGGGGUGGAGGCCAGUGCCCACCUGCAGCUCCUGCCGUCCUGCCCGGAGGGAACCAAGCGGGGCCUGGGGGUGCGGCACCGUCACAGCGAGCUGGUUUUGCUCAGCUGCGCCUCCAUCCUGGCCUCCAUCGCGCUGGGUGCGGAUCUGGCCGAGCUGGCGGGGGAAGGCCUCGGCGUCCCCCCGGGCCCCCCCAACUCCCUCACCCUCCAGUCCCUCUCCUCCCUCUCGGACUGCAACUCCACGAAGUCGCUCCUGCCCUCGGACAGCGAUGAGGCCCCCACCUACGAAGCCCCCUGCCUCCCGGAGCCCCGCAGCCCCUCGCCUGACUCCCACCACAACCCCCUGGUGGACGUCACCAUGGAGAGCUUCAAGAAGGACCCGCGCCAGUCGCUCACGCCCACCCACAUCAGCGCUCCCCAGCCGGUCAGCCGAGGACACCGGCGGACGCCCUCCGAGGGGGCGAUCCGUCAGGCGGGUCAGGGCCUUCCGCGGGCUGCCGACAACCAGGUGGGGUCCGGCUGGCGCGUUCAGGCCCACCACCAGCGCCCCCGCGAGGCCUCAGAGGAGCCUGCCGCGGAGCGCCCUCGGACCCUGGCCUUUGCCCCGCGGCCCCGCCCCACUCCGUGCCGGCCCCGCCUCGACCCCUGGAAGCUUGUCUCCUUCAGCCGGACCCCGGGGGAGGCGGCCAGCAAGGGGGGCUCUGGGUGUCGCCCGACGCUCCUCGACAUGGACACGGACGGGCAGAACCGGGACAGAACCGAGCCCUUGUGUGGGAGACGAACCUCCUGUUGUGGCCUGGAGCCAGACAUCUCCCAUUGACUACUCCGUCCGGCGGGAGAGACGUGCCAGGGUGUGUUGCACUUAUUGACCCCACCCCACCCCGGCAUUCCCACGGCCCUCAAGACUCAGUUGUGGACUUCGUUUCCAAGCAGUGUGACUGCUGGGCCAGCAGGGGGCGGUAGCCUUGCCUGG